CGGCGAGGGCCUUGCGCGGGCCGGGCCUGAAGGAAGUUAGCCGGCGAAUCCCGGAUAGCGGUGGAGAGGGAUCCGGACCCCAUGGCGACCCCAGAGGCCAGCGGCAGUGGCGGGAAUGACGAGGGCUGCGACUCCUCCGUCACCUACUACCGGCUGGAGGAGGUGGCGAAGCGAAACUCCGCGGAGGAGACGUGGAUGGUGAUCCACGGGCGAGUCUACGAUAUCACCCGCUUCCUCAGUGAGCAUCCCGGUGGGGAAGAGGUUCUGCUGGAACAAGCUGGUGCUGAUGCAACAGAAAGCUUUGAAGAUGUUGGCCACUCCCCUGAUGCCAGGGAAAUGCUAAAGCAGUACUACAUUGGUGAUGUCCAUCCGAGUGACCUUAAACCUAAAGGUGGUAAAAAGGAUCCUUCAAAAAGCAGUACAUGCAAAAGUUGCUGGGCAUAUUGGAUUCUCCCUGUGGUGGGCGCCAUUCUUGUAGGGUUCCUGUAUCGUCACUUCACGACCGACAGCAAAUCCUCCUGAGGCGACCAUGUUGGAGUGUGGGAGCCCACGCUCCUGGAGCGAGAAGUAGACACUUACUGUGGGGGCUGCAGCCAUGCUCCCUCCUUCAAUCCUGCCAGUUGCUUUCCUCCCCACUUGGAGCCAAGAUGGUUGACCAGAUAUCUAUCUUCCUCAGUCUAGGACCAGGGUCCUUCACCAGCCAGAGCCUGAUGCCCGAAGCACCUACUCACAUUGUGUCCUGGCUCCCACUUGUUUCCUUCAUUUCAAGAGUUUAUGCUGUGAUUAGAGUUCCGAUGUUGUAGUGACAUGGCCUUUGGGGACAAUACACGAUUUCUCUCACUUUGACUUCGUGUUAGAUAUAUCUAAGGGAACAGCACUCUCUAAUUUUGAAUCUUUUCCCGUUUUUCUUUUAAGUAAAUUUAUUUUUUAAUUCUGAUUUAAUUUUGUCUUUAUCAUAAGGAGUUUAAUUCAUGAAGUUAAGGUAUGUCUCUCUUAUUUUAAACACAGCUACCAAAUGAUCUUAUUUAUGAUUAUUAAAAGUAAGGGCCCAAAAGAUAUGUCUUUGGAUAAAAGCAAUUGCCACAAA